UUUCUUUUUCUUUUUGCUGCUCCGGCGCUCGACUCUCUCCUUCGGUCCUUCUUUGCUGCUCCCGCUGCCAUUGCCGUCGAACGCCGCGCGGAUCGCUGCGUUCUCCACCGCGAUCGCCGCCUCUGACUGUUGAUGACCAUGAUGACCCCGCCCCCUCUCGAUCAGGAGGACGAGGAGAUGCUUGUCCCCCACUCUGAUUUCACCGAAGGUCCCCAGCCUAUGGAGGUGGCUCAACCAGAGGCUGCUAGCAUUGCAGAGAAUCAGCAGGUGGAUGAUCCUCCCACAUCCAAAUUCACCUGGGCUAUUGAGAAUUUCUCCAGAUUGAACGUAAAGAAGCACUAUUCUGAAACUUUCGUUGUUGGGGGCUAUAAAUGGCGGAUCCUUAUAUUCCCCAAGGGAAACAAUGUAGACCACUUGUCUAUGUACCUGGAUGUUGCUGAUUCGCCGGCCCUGCCAUAUGGGUGGAGUAGAUAUGCACAAUUCAGUUUGUCUGUUGUCAAUCAAAUCCAUAACAAGUAUACAGUCAGAAAAGAAACUCAACACCAAUUCAAUGCUCGUGAAAGUGAUUGGGGUUUCACAUCAUUUAUGCCUCUUUCUGAACUUUAUGACCCAAAUAGAGGAUACCUUAUUAAUGACGCAUGCAUAGUUGAAGCUGAGGUUGCGGUUCGUAGGGUUGUUGAUUAUUGGUCUUAUGACUCAAAAAAAGAAACAGGCUAUGUUGGUCUAAAGAAUCAAGGAGCUACAUGUUACAUGAAUUCUCUUCUCCAAACCCUUUAUCAUAUUCCGUACUUCAGAAAAGCUGUAUACCACAUGCCGACAACUGAGAAUGAUAUGCCAUCCUGGAGCAUUCCUUUGGCCCUGCAAAGCCUUUUUUACAAACUUCAAUAUAGCGAUAAUAGUGUUGCUACAAAAGAGCUGACAAAAUCUUUUGGAUGGGAUACGUAUGAUUCAUUCAUGCAGCAUGACGUGCAAGAGCUUAACAGAGUUCUUUGUGAAAAGUUAGAAGAUAAGAUGAAGGGAACUGUUGUGGAGGGUACCAUACAGCAGUUAUUUGAAGGCCACCAUAUGAACUACCUUGAGUGUAUUAAUGUGGACUAUAAGUCUAGCAGAAAAGAAUCAUUUUAUGAUCUUCAACUUGAUGUUAAAGGCUGUCAAGAUGUUUAUGCUUCUUUUGAUAAGUAUGUUGAAGUUGAGCGACUUGAAGGGGAUAACAAAUAUCAGGCCGAACAAUAUGGUCUACAGGAGGCAAAGAAAGGUGUUCUCUUCAUUGACUUCCCACCUGUUUUGCAACUCCAGCUGAAACGGUUUGAAUAUGAUUUCAUGAGGGAUGCUAUGGUAAAGAUAAAUGAUCGAUACGAGUUCCCUUUGCAAUUAGAUCUGGAUAGAGAUAAUGGAAAAUACCUUUCUCCAGAUGCAGACAGGAGCGUGCGCAAUUUAUAUAUGCUUCACAGUGUCCUUGUUCACAGUGGUGGGGUCCAUGGAGGGCACUAUUAUGCUUUUAUUCGGCCUACUUUGUCAGAGCAGUGCUUUGGGGGGUUUUUCAGGUAUAAAUUUGAUGAUGAAAGGGUAACCAAAGAAGAUCCGAAGAGAGCGUUGGACGAACAGUAUGGUGGUGAGGAAGAGUUGCCUCAGGCAAACCCUGGGUUCAAUAAUACUCCUUUUAAGUUUACAAAGUAUUCAAAUGCAUAUAUGCUUGUUUAUAUACGAGAGAGUGACAAGGACAAAAUAAUUUGCAAUGUGGAUGAGAAGGACAUUGCUGAACAUCUAAGAAUAAGAUUAAAGAAAGAACAAGAAGAGAAAGAACACAAGAAAAAGGAAAAGGCAGAGGCACAUCUUUACACCAUCAUAAAGGUUGCUCGAGAUGAGGAUUUAGCUGACCAGAUUGGAAAGGAUAUCUAUUUUGACCUUGUGGACCAUGAUAAGGUCCGCAGCUUCCGUAUCCAGAAACAGUUGCCAUUCACACUUUUCAAGGAAGAGGUAGCAAAAGAAUUCCGCAUCCCUGUGCAAUUUCAGCGUUUUUGGCUAUGGGCUAAGCGUCAAAACCACACUUAUCGUCCCAAUCGGCCUUUAACUGCCCAAGAGGAAGCACAGUCAGUUGGACAACUGAGAGAGGUCUCAAACAAAGCACAUAAUGCGGAACUAAAGCUAUUCCUUGAAGUUGAGCUUGGACUGGAUUUACGUCCUCUACCUCCACCUGACAAAUCCAAAGAAGAUAUCCUGCUUUUUUUCAAAUUUUAUGACCCUGCCAAGGAAGAGUUACGGUAUGUUGGGAGGCUUUUUGUUAAAGCAUUGGGAAGGCCACUUGAAAUACUGGCGAAACUGAAUGAAAUGGCUGGUUUCCCCCCAAAUGAACAAGUUCAACUUUUUGAGGAAAUAAAGUUCGAACCAACUGUAAUGUGCGAACACAUUGACGUCAAAUUUACAUUUCGAUCUAGCCAGCUUGAAGAUGGCGAUAUCAUUUGUUAUCAGAAAAAUCCCUAUGUAAUGAGUGAUGUUCGGCAUAGGUAUCAGGAUAUUCCAACUUUCCUAGAAUAUGUGAACAACCGGCAGGUUGUUCAUUUUCGGUUAUUGGAGAAACCGAAGGAAGAUGACUUUUGCUUAGAGUUGUCUAAGGUUUUCACAUAUGAUGACGUGGUGGAUAGAGUUGCUCGCCACCUUGGUUUGGAUGAUCCUUCCAAAAUUCGCCUUACUUCCCAUAAUUGCUACUCUCAACAGCCAAAACCCCAACCAAUUAAGUACCGUGGUGUAGAACAUCUUUCUGAUAUGUUGGUCCACUACAACCAGACUUCUGAUAUACUGUAUUAUGAGGUUUUGGACAUUCCUCUUCCAGAAUUGCAAGGAUUAAAAACUCUUAAAGUUGUAUUCAAUCACGCCACAAAGGAUGAGGUGGUGAUUCACAGUAUUAGACUCCCAAAAAAUAGUACUGUGGGCGAUGUAAUCAGUAACCUAAAAACCAAGGUUGAGCUCUCCCAUCCCAAUGCAGAACUGCGAUUGAUUGAAGUCUUCUAUCACAAAAUUUACAAGAUCUUUCCACAUAAUGAAAAGAUAGAAAAUAUAAACGACCAAUAUUGGACUUUACGAGCGGAGGAGAUUCCUGAGGAAGAGAAAAACCUUGAUCCCCGUGAUCGCUUGAUUCAUGUGUACCAUUUCAUGAAAGAUGCGAAUCAAAAUCAGAUGCAGAUUCAGAACUUUGGUGAUCCUUUCUUCUUGGUUCUUCAUGAAGAUGAGACUUUAGCUGAGGUAAAAGGGCGUAUUCAGAAGAAACUGCAGGUUCCAGAUGAGGAGUUCUCUAAGUGGAAGUUUGCAUUUUGUUCACAUGGUCGGCCUGAAUACCUUGAAGAUGCCGAUAUCGUCUCCACUCGCUUUCAGAGAAGAGAUGUGUAUGGUGCUUGGGAGCAAUACCUGGGACUUGAGCAUGCUGAUACUGCUCCAAAAAGGUCUUACACAGUCAAUCAGAACCGCCAUACAUACGAGAAACCUGUUAAAAUCUACAACUAAAUGGAUGGCGAAACCUGUUCCCCUCACAAUCAUGAGAUUUCUGAAACAAGAGUGAACAGGAAAUCGAUGUUCUCAAAACAACAUCCUGUUUAGAUUCAGCAGGGUCAUAAUCUUUGUUGUUCGGGUAUAUAAUCAAAUUUCAAUGCUGACUAGGGAGAGGUCCGGGAUGGUGUUGAGGUUUCCCCACCAAUGCUGUUUCUCAGUUUUCCCUUAUGCUGGUUCUCUGAUAAAGGCUCCUCCAUUAGAAUAGUGGAUCACCUCAACCUUCAUUUCCAGUGUAAUUUAGAUGGUAUAUAAAAAAAAAGUUUUUGGAAUAGGUGUUGUAUACAGGUUAUAUAGUUGAAGCUUGUUCGGAAUUUUUUUGUUUUUGUUUUUGUUUUUGUUUUGUGGGUUUUUUUCUUACCAGUUUGUUUUGCCUAGUUGGUUCAAAAGUGGGGCUGUAUAAUAUAUGGUCAUUGGUGCUGGGGAUUGCUGAGUUAUGACAUUGUCAUAUUUCUUCA